GGCAUUUGGCAGUAAGUAAAUGAAGAGUGCCAAGCUAUAUCGAAGAUCAUUAAUCCAGGCGAAACUGGACCACUAUGCUCUCAAGUGGUGUGUGCUGGCGACGGCCGUGCUGGGCGCAUGGUCGGUGCAGGGUGCCUGGUUCCCAUUCAGUUCAUUGGAUGACUCGGAGGAGGAGCUGCAGAACGUGUAUUCGGUGCCGCAGGACCCAGAGGGCGUGCGGCGGUGCUUGGGAGGCGGUUGCGAUAGAGAGGAAGUCAUCCCGCUAUCCCUGGAGAGCGGCUGGGGAGAGGAGGCGUCGGCUGAACGCAAGACCACGUCCCAUGCGGACACCACCACGAGGUGCCCCGCCUGCCCCACGCUGCCGCCCGGACGCGAGCGUCGACCGAAGUGCCCGCCUGCCCCGCGCUGCCCACCCGCUCGCCCUACGUCGUGCCCUUCGCCGUGCCCCGCCUGCCCGUCGGGCGCGAAGCCCACCGCGCUGGGGUACGAGCGCCACGAAGGGCACGGCGCCUACCGCGUGCACCUCACCCCCCUCAACUGGUUCGACGCGCAAGCGACGUGUGAGAGGGCGGGGGCGCACUUGGCAGUCAUUAACUCGCAGGAGGAAGCUGACAUCCUUGCACGGAUUCUCUCAACCAAACCAAUUCCUUUUAAUUAUGUGUUAAUGGGCUUUCAUGACUUAAACUACGAGGGCUCCUUCUACACCGUUCUAGAUACACCUCUUCGCUCAUCGGGAUAUUUCAAGUGGGCAGAAGGAGAACCAAAUGAUAAAAACAACGAAGACUGUGGUGGAAUGUACGUGAGUGACAUGACUUUGAACGACCAACAUUGUGUCCGGCUUGUCGCUCCUUUCAUCUGCGAAAUGCCCUGAAGAAUAUCAAUUAUAUCAUGGGUUCAUCAUGACUCAAGAAAAACAAAUGUUUUCUUUUGUGAGUUAUCAUGAAACAAUUUAAUCAUACCUAGAUGUUGUUCUCCACAUUUGGAAAGUGUAAAAAGUGUAUGGAGAAUGAUGUUAAUUGUAAAUACAUUUUUAAAAACAAUUGAUGAUUGAAUAAAUGAUUGGUGUUUUAGUAAAGCCAUAAUUAACAUUCAGUCAAUUACAUUGUUUAGUAAUUUGCCUAAAGUAGUUCUAUAUACUGAAUUAUAUACUAUUAAUAUUCAGUAACAACGUAUGAAGUUUCACUACCAUUUAUAUAAAAAAAUAAACAUUUGGUGACAUUCCUCAUGAAUUAUAAUUUUACUUUCUUGGCUUACAACGUAAGAAGAGAAAAUACUGUAAUCGCGCACCGAAAAAUCGAGUUUUUUUACAGAAAACCUCUCAUCUUCGGGCACUGAUAACGAUACAG